CGUCAGCUUGUUUGCCUUGCCCGAGCUCUCCUCAGGAAUACUAAAAUUCUGGUUCUAGAUGAGGCCACUGCCGCUAUCGAUAUGGAGACUUGUGAGAUGGUGCAGGCUACUAUCAGAAAGGAAUUUUCCGGCCAUACCACAUUGACGAUUGCACACAGACCAGCUACUAUAAUUAAUUCUGAUAGGUGCGAAGAUAUAAAAAUUAUAUAUUUUUCUCAGACUGUACAGAAAGCACUCUAUUUCUGUUUAAAUGCUUUAUUUAUGAAACCUAUUACUGGUAUUUAG